AGACGCGCCCUUAGCGACGGGCCUGUUCCUACUGCUCCGCGAGGCCCGAUGGCGGCCGCCUCCACCGCCAACCCCACCGUCUUCCUCCUUAUGGUCAGCGGACAGAUCGAGAGCGCGCAGUUUCCAGAAUUUGACGAGCUCUACUGCAAAUACUGCUUCGUGUACGGCCCCGACUGGGCUCCGACUACGGAGUUGGAAGGGACCUGGAAAGCCUUCAGUCCCUCUGUUUGUGCCACUUCUGGGUUCCCCCCAAGAUGGUCCCAGCUUUUGCCCCCUUGGCUCUCCCGCAGGGCCUGGAAGAAGGCAUCUCCCAGAUCACCUCCAAGAGCCGUAAUGCCCAGCAGAACCUAGUCUGGAACUUCCCCAUUGACGUCACCUUCAAAAGCACCAACCCUUUUGGCUGGCCGCAGAUCGUCCUCAGUGUGUACGGACCUGAUCUUUUUGGGAAUGACGUGGUUCGGGGAUACGGAGCCGUCCAUGUCCCUUUCACACCUGGCAGGCACCAGAGGAUCCUCCCGAUGUUCGUUCCAGAAUCAUCCUCCAGACUGCAGAAGUUAACAAGCUGGCUGACGGGCAGGUAUCCCGAAUUCACUGACCCCAAGGUGGUAGCCCAGGGCGAAGGCCGUGAAGUGACCAGGGUUUGCUCGCAAGGCUUCGUCACCGUUUCCUUCAACGUGGUGACCAAGGAUAUGAAGAAGCUGGGCUACGACGCCAGCUCAUCGACCCUCGCCAGCUCCUCACUAACCUCGGUGACAGACGCCAUGCGCAAAUUCUAGACUCGCAGUUUGGGGUUUGUGCUCUCCUGCAAGACGCAACUCGGGAGUUGAGCAAAGGUUCUAGAUAAAAAACGUUUUUGUGCCAACCAAGGAGAAACCAGAGCAGAGCAGAUGUGCAGAAAUCAUCGUGCCUGGGUUUUUUUUUUUUGCAAAGUGUGGGUGUCUGGGGGGGCAGCUGUGGCUACCAUAAGCCAUUUGCAGGCGAGCAGUGUGGCAGUGCUCUGCUUUUAGGGGCAUUUGGAGGGUCAGAGCAUCCCUGAUUUUU